CGGAGAGUGAGCAUUACAUUCUUCUUUAAGACUUGGUUUCCUAGAACAUCUUGUUCUUAAGUGUGUCCUCAAGAGGUCUAUCCUCACCUCUCAAGUCUAUCUUGUUUUCGCAAGAAGGAGUUCACCCUGCUCACAUUGUUCCAAAUGUGUGUACUCUUGAACUUGACUCCGAACUUCUGGAUGAACUAGGAGUAUUUAAUUGAGAAAAUUAGUUGGACUCUUCACAUUCAUAGAGUAGCUGGACUUUCUAACUUCUGUCCGGGAGGUGCGUGGGGAUAUCAGUGGGCUUGGAAACGUUGAUGAACCAGUCACUAUCGAAGCUUUUCCAACGACUGCAAAAAUCAACAAACGGCCAAUCUGCGGUGCCGGGUUAUCGUGUCAUUAUGCAGUUCACCGUCAAUCCUAACCACAACAGGCUAUCCUGUCUGCGACAGGCUAUCCUCUCCACAGGCUUUCCUAUCCAUAGGAUAGUCUAAAGAUGCUUCAAAGAAUAGUCUGCGGAUACUUAUUAACUUCAAUGAGUAGGCUAAGGAUGCUUCAAAGGAUACUCUAAAGUAGGUGCUUCAUCUUGCUCGUAGUUUCUCUGUUGAUCCUACCUCAGGUCUGUUGAACUAGAAUCAUGUUUUACUAGUAGUUGAACAGUUGUACCUAGCUAGUUCUCGUACCAUACUAAACUGCUGUUUCUGAUGGCCUCCGAGAAAAAUGAGGAGAGUAAUACAAGUCAACGCGAGUGUCGAUUAAGUUGAACUAGUGCCUCCACCUUCCUCGGGAUAAAAGUCCUACUAUCUUCAUCCAAGGGAUAAUCUUCCGCCUCCUGCUCUAGUCGAUUUCUUAGACUUCUAGUGGAAUACGACAAUGUUAAGAAGCAAGUAAGUAUCUUACUUGCUUUGAAUUCCGCUUACUUUAUAGUACUUACUUCAUUACUCUAAUCGGGUCCGUCCUCUGGUGGACAAAAUCGUUAUUCCGAUGGACGGAAGGCCAUCCGAGGACAUUCUAGUGAUGCCGGAGGAAACGGCGAUAUUUGGCAGGGUUUCCGCGGAUCUGAAGUACAUGGCAGCCCUCAGGGCGUUGGUUAAGGCGCUUACAAAUCGUAGUUACUGUAUAAAAGAAGUGCACGUACCCGUGGAUUGGUUUUACUACUACUACUACUACUACUACUACUAAGUGCAGCAAAGGAUAGAACUUUUUACAAAUUGUAGUUGCUAGAAAUAAGCGUAUUUUUAAGGGAUAGAAGAAAGGAAGGAAAGUUCGUUGUAAGAUUAAGCACAAUCAUCAUGAUCAUCAUCAUCAUCAUCAUCGUCGUGCGGUCUUAUGCUUCCUAGGGUGGUUGUUUGUAAAUUUGUUGAAUUCAUUCUUUGCAAAACCUCCACUUGUAACUUCGGGGGGGGGAAGAAGCAUAUAGUCUCAUGGAAAAAAAUAGCCUCUUGCUAGUAUUGGCGCACUCAUUCACUCACUCCAGAGGGACUGAGUCAGAGAGACACUUCAGAGAUUUAGACUCGAGACUCUCUUUUAACUAGUACUGACCAGUUUGGGAGUGGGACUCUUCUAUAUCACUUUGGAGACUCAAGACUCUCUAUAAUUGAGAGGUGCAUAUCAUCUUCUAGUACUUUGGAGGCGUGGGCGUGUCUUCAGGGUUGUCUAAAUUGGCGCUGAAGAAGAAGAAAGUUCGGUUACGGCAAGACAAAAUGUUCGCAAAGGACGAGCAGCCGUUUGACGGUAGUGCCACUGAGGAAGGCUUUCAUAAGCGACAAAAGCCAAGAUACCAAGACGACGAUUACGAGUACUAUUAACACUGAACUGUCACUUGAUGUAAAGGGGACAAUAAUAUCACUCAUCACUCAAAUUUUUAGAUCGAUGGCCAAAACUUGCAUUGGUAACCUAGUAGAGAGUUGAUAGAUGCAUAGUGGUUCAGUAUCAGCUAUCUAGUACAUUUAGAUGCUGAACAUUGAUGAUAGUUGAGAUUUAGAUGAAAAACUGUAGCAAAAUUUAGGAUUGAAAGACUUUUGAGGUUGGAAAAAGCGGUAAGACUUCAGUAGCCGUCUGACUGUAAAAAAUGCUUAGACUCUUCACGGCAGUGUUUCCCUCUGGGUAGACUGACUUGGUCGUUUCGGAGGGUGGUGCUGCCUUUUUUUUUGCGUACACAAAAAUAGGAUAACCACGGUUCGAGGGUUCACCGCGGGCGCCUGAUCAAUGCUUACCUUGAAGUGUGGAGGUGCUCUCAAUGAAGCUGGAGGGGCCCGCUCGUUUUCAAAAAAAAUAGUCGAAUUUUGUUCCUCUCUACCUGCAUGGGGUGCCGAGUGGAGCCCCCUUGAAGUGUGGAGGUGCUCCAGUCGUGGAGGUGGACAUCUGCACAAGAGGAUACCAAUUCUCAGAUGACUCUAGCACAGAGGCUCUAACACAGAUGACCUGAACAAGAGGUUACUAAUUCUCCAAAUUUUCACAGAACAACAACAACAGGGAAACAACAACAACAACAGGGGAACAACAGGGAAACAACAACAACAACAACAACAAGGAAACAACAACAUGCUCAUUCCUCACUCAUCCAAAUUCCUUAAUUCCUCACUCAUCCAAAUAGACAUGCACCCUAAAUCACAGGCACAGGGCAACAAGAACAUGCUCAUUCUCACCCAAUUCGCCCUGAUGGUAUUUGAUAUUUAUCCUAAAUAUAUAUACCCAGAACAUGCAGGUAUUUGAUAGAGAAGAUGUCACCGACGCGGUCGCAGCCCUUGAGUGUCUUUUUGUCGGCCAGGCGGUCGCCCAAGGUGCUGCAGGAGCACGACCCGGAUUUGGAAAUCAUCUUAUGACGACAUAGAAGUCAUCUUAUGUUGUGGUGUUGAUCUUGACAGGAGCAAACUAAGACUUGUUCUUUUCUCAUGUAAGACGAAGAACCUAUGCAGUUGGCAGGAAAUUAACACUAUGUGGUUGACAGCAAGUGAAUUAUAGUUGACACCAAACUAGUACGUACCUAUAAACAGCAGACUUAUAACGUCUUUUAAGUUGUCACACACACAAACUCUAAGUUUAGGCACAGGCUCCGACUCGGAGGACGAAGCCUCUGCAGAUUCACGAUCAGGCGGCCAGCAACAAGCUGCGCUAUCUCACAAUUAAGGCUCAACACAAUUUUAAGUAGCUUAUUUCUGCACGUCAAUCAUUUCUCCUUUUUGUUGCUCUCUUGGGAUCCAUUCUCGGGAGAAGUCGCGGUUGCAGAAGUAAAAAAUUCAUUGUCAUCUGUUGUCUUACAGAGAAGUCAAGUUGUAGUGUAGACGUCUUUUCAACCUGGAUUUUUUUUUGAGUGAUGGUGUGGCUGGUUUAUCGAAUUGUUUUGAGCUCUAACACAACUCAUCCCGGGUACGAAAUAUCAUCAGACACUAUAAGAAGCUAAAAAAUCGAGUCGAACUCGCUAGCAACGAGGUGGAUCGAUCCCUCAUAAACAAUGGGAGAAAGUACUGCUACAACUACUGAUAAACAAUGCAAUUCAAAGUACUACUGAUGUAAACUGUUCUUGUAUGUUGCUACUAACAGGAGUUGGAAUGAAAUUCCUAUACCUCUAAAACCAUGUAUGCUUUCUCCGCUCAAAUACUAACCUGUUGUAGCAGUUGUAGGCAUUAUUCUACAUCCUUUCGGAAACAGGCUGGUCCAUACUAGAUCCAAGCUGUAGCUCUGAGAUGGCUUACUGCUCUACUUAUUAUUAGUCUGUAAUCAGUUGCGUCUUGUAUUUCGCGCUUCCUUUCUCCUCAUCUUCUCAUCGUUUGUCCUACUAGUAGAUAACAAGUAUUAUGUACGACUAAUCUAUAUCUACAUUCGCGACAUAAAACAGGUUCACCUCGCGCGAGGCACAUUCAUUCGCUCCCCUCUUGAUAGUCGUGAAUGCUCACCUCCUUGAGGCGAGCCAGCUCCUAUCCUAUCCUCUCCUAUCCUCUCCUAUCCUCUCCUAUCCUCUCCUAUCCUCUCCUAUCCUAUCCUCUCCUAUCCUAUCCUAUCCUAUCCUAUCCUAUCCUAUCCUAUCCUAUCCUAUCCUAUCCUAUCCAUUCCUUCACUCUCCGUACGUCUACGCAACCGCCAUGAAAAUUUAUCAGGUGUCUUCUCUCUUCUGUGGUAGAGACGUUUCGGGAUGGGGAUAGGGAGUUUACGAGUCGCGACGUGGAUCUCCUCUACCCUGAAAAAGAAGACGAUGAUGAAUUUGUGCGGGAGUUUCUAUUAAGGCUUCUCCUUACAGAGGGUUGACGCGUGAGGUUUAUACAGGAUGCUCUGUAUCUCAAGAUAGAUGGAUCAGUUGGCAGGGGAGAGCCUGUUCUUCAAGGGGAAAGCAGAGGGGUUUAAACGUGACGCACUGUAUCUCAGGAGGAUGCUGAUUCAUUAGAUGCUUUUGAAAAGACUCAGCGUUGCCCACUUUGUGGAGUCAACUCAGAUAUUUGGGCGAGUACCGAGUGAGUGAAUGAAUGAAAACAAAAGAAGAUUGAGAUGAUGAAAUAAUGACCAAAGACAGGACGAAGAAUAAGCCCUCUCCCCCAUGCACACAGGUAGCCCCUAUACCUCGCGAAUAGGUACAUCGAUCAAUCAAUCAAUCUUCAGAUGACUUCCCUUAGGGUGCUGUGGACUCCUUUUAGGGUGCUGUGUGAUCUCUAAGUUGGGACUUUGCCAACAGCGAAGUCGUACCCAGGGACGACAAAUACCUUCAUCCAGCACAAGCAGCGCAUCUGAAAUUGCGGGAAUUCUGUUACGGAUUUACUUCAUUAAAGUCAUUUAACAUAAGAAGAUGAGUAUCUAAGAUUCUAAGACUCUAAUUAAAGAACUUAUACCCCAUGAGUGGGUACAUCUAUCUGUCUAUCUACAAGAUUAUUAAAAAAGGAGCCAUGUUUCUUCUAAAACGGAUGAUGAACUAAUUAUACAACUAAAUACAAAGUUCUCACUCUCUCAUAUUUGAGCACCCUUUCAUCUUUGACCAGCACUCAUAGUGUCACCUGUCGGGUUGGUUCUGAAUGAAGGAAUGUUUUACUACUCAAGUAGUACCUGAUAGAUAAGUAGUUCCCUGAUAAGUCUAAUAAAGUUCUAGUCUAUCAGGUAGUACCCGAUAAGUUCUAGUCUAACUCUAAUAAAGUUCUUACUCUCGUCUCAUCUUUGACUACCCUCUCACUGUGCGACUCUUCUAACCUUGGCGUCGUUACCUAGCGCAGACAAACCCUGCUGCAGGAGACAGUAUGCCCUCAGAGCCAUUGCUCAAACUCGAAAAAACGAAAAAAGGACCUGGAGGAAAUACUAAAAUCAAAGAAGCGGAGCCAUCGAAAGUUGGAGGGCCAGGUUUGGCGUCACAGACCGUUAUGAGUAUGGUCCUCGACAAUUACUUCUUAGUAGAGUAGUCAAUCUCCAUCCUACGUUCUUAUAGAUUCCGACAGUUCGCACACUUUAGCAGAUGCUUUACUUAGCUCGUGGCACUUCUUAGGUUAAUAAUAUUAUCCUUCGAUCGUGCCGGAGAAAGUAACCUCAUCUGUCAAUUCGCUGUACUUUGUAGGACUAGAUAAGCUUUUUGACCAUACUUUUCUAAUUCUCGCAUCGCGAACAGCGCUCAAGGUCCUGGCGGAAUAAGUGGACGGGCUGUGAAGGACCCGCAUUUGCGGAUAAAAACGGGAGAAGGUGGCGAUAGCCCACUAGCUAGCGGGACACCUGUUAAGGUCAGCUUUUAUUUAUUCAUCUGGAUCUAAUGGUAGUAGUGGCUGCGUCUGCGGCAAGAAUUGUCUUCAUAUUUAAGUAUUCGAAAACUGGAAAUACAAGAAAUACCCGAGUUCUUACUGAGUGAAAUAAGGGACGUACUAGCUUUUAAAGGCUACUCUUCCUUCAGUCUCUUCUCGGUUAUUCUCUUCAGUUCCCUGAACAUGGGACACAAAGAAAGGGGUCGUCGAGAUGAGGGGACUCCUGAGAUGAAAAAAAGGCCUAUUGUUCGACUCUAAACCUGGACUAUAUUCGAAUGUUCACCCUGGCGGCAUUUCCACGCUCUCCUCGCGGCGUCAGCCUUAUAUUAUGAACUCUUUUAUUUCUGGCUCACAAUGUACUUACUGCUUGUGUCUAACCACAAUAUAGACGUCGUCUAGUCACAGUAUAAGUAGUUGUGUUUAGUCACAGUGUAAGUAGUUGUGAUGUGGUCUAACCAGAGUUGAAAUAGGAUCCAUAACGACCUAUAGGUCAUCGAUGUGAAGGAUCUAUAACCUAACCUAGCCCGUAGCUCAUGAAUGGGCACACUGCUACAACUACUGCUAGUAGUUGUGUCUAAGGACAGUGUAGUUGUGUCUAAGGACAGUGUCGUAGCGUCAUCGACGCUUUCAGCAGGUGGCGGUGGUAGCAGUAGCUCCACGGCAGGACGGAAAAGAUUUGGGGGUACUGCCAGGGCGAACUUCUUUAGCACCCGAGGGCUGCUAUCUCUUAUGGCAGAGAGCAUCUACUAACUAAUACUAUUAGAAAAUUAGCCUUUCCUGAAGAGAUGUCUGGUCUGGUGUAUAGCAGCUUUUGAUUUUAGCUACUAACGGCUAGAUCAGUCCCUUCUUCCAAAAUCUUUAGCUACUAAAACUACAAGAUGAUCAGACAUGGAUCUAUCAUGCAAUCAUCUUGAUGUUCGUCUUCGUGUUUUGUGGAGUAAGUAGCAGUUAAAUAGAAUGGGUUAAUGGAGUAAGUAGUGAAAACCAAAAACCUCAAUAGGUCUAGUGGUUGUGUAGAGAAGAAACUAGUACAAAUGUAAGUACAUCGAAUCCAGGUAAUCAAUAGAUGAAGUUCCUUUAUUGUUAAAUCUUCCUCGCGUUCAUACCUCCAGCAGGUGAGUCUCCAGUUUUUAGUCGGAGUUCGCAGACUUUCCACACGCCAAAUCGGACAAGGCUCAAGGACGAUAGGGGUUAUAAUUAUGGCCACAAGUAG